AUGUCUUCGCCGGCGAGUCUGCGUGACGGCUCUGCGCCUGGGGAGCAUGCGACAGUGCAGUCGACGUCGUGGUUGGCAAAGGUGCAUCCGUAUUUUAAGGACCCUGGUCAUGUCUUGGUGCUCAAGCUGGAUUGCUUGCUGCUCGUGUGGGCAUUCAUCGCAGGCUUGUUCAAGGACAUGGAUCAAUCUGCGACAACUGCUGCGUAUGUCUCAGGGAUGAAAGAGGACCUGUCCCUCUUCGGUAACGAGCUUGUCGAGUUCACAACCUAUUUUUCAAUCGGCUACGCGCUAUUCAUCGUCCCGUCACAACUCAUCCAGACUCGCGUUCGACCAUCGCUAUUCCUGCCCAUCUGUGAGAUCGUCUGGGGUCUGUUCACUCUGUUCACUUACAGAGCUCCAAAUGCCAAGACCAUAUUUGCGCUACGAUUCUUCCUCGGUGUCUUUGAGUCUACAUCAUGGCCAGGUAUCGUGAACUUGAUUUUCAAUUGGUAUCGCCCCGAAGAGCUGGGAAAGCGUCUAGCAAUUUUUGGCGUCAGCGGUGUUGCCGGAAACAUGUUCCUCGGCAUCGUCCAGGCUGCUCUCUACAAGAACCUCAAUGGCGUCUCUGGCCUCGCUGGCUGGCAGUGGCUAUUUAUCGUCAGCGGUAUAAUGACCAUCUUCUGGGGCUUUGUUGGUCUUCUAGUUAUCCCCGACUCGCCUGCGAUUACUCGAGCCCUUUGGCUUUCCGAAAAGGAGCGAGAACUCUGCCGCCUGCGCAUGAGCGACAGCGGAGUCCAGACCGCCAGAAUCAUACCAUUCAAGACGCUCGUUCACAAGAUGAAGCUACUGGCGUCAAGCCCGCUCUCGUAUCUCUUCCUCGCGGCCUAUCUGCAGUUCGCAUGGAGUCAGCGCGCCAACUCGUAUUUCCUGCUAUUUCUCAAGGGUCUUGAAAAGGCGGACGGAACACCUCGCUACUCGGUAUACACCGUCAAUCUUAUCCCGCUCGGCGGGUACGCCAUCAGCAUAGUCUGCAAUAUUGGUCUCAACGCCAUCAGUGAUUGGAAAGCGUGGCGGUGGCAGGUCAGUGUUGGCGCCGCCACUGUGCAACUCAUUGCAACCUCCGUCCUGGCUGGGUGGCCUGACUCUUGGCAUACUAUCAUGGGUUUCUAUUUCCUAACUUUCGCUACGGCUGCUUGGGGUUAUGCUCUUCUUGCCUGGAUUGGUGAGAUUCUGCGCAAGGAGCCUGAAGUUCGCUCUAUUCUUGUCGCUCUAGCCGUCACGCUUGUCUAUGUCGGCCACGCGUCAAUUCCUCUUCGUGCGUGGCGUGUGAGCGACUCUCCCAGAUAUCCAGUUGGCUUCCCAAUGGCUGCUGCGUUUAGUGUUGGGAGUAUUCUCGCUAUUAUGGGAAUUUGGUUCUAUGUACGAAAGUAUCCAGAUAUCGUGGCUUGGGGUCUGGAUCCGGAGACUGCCAAGCAGGAUGCUGUGGAGGAGGAUGUUAUGCACAGAGAUGACGACAAGAAGGAGCCGGCUGAGAGAAGUGAAAGAAUCUAG